AGCCGCAAAUCACACCCCGUCUAUUCCUUCUCCCUCUGAUAGCAACAGUUUGAGGAGGAGGAGCUUUUUGUCAUGCCGGAGGCCCCUGCAAGUGCGGAGCUGCGCGCACUUCGCUGGCUGCGGCGCGGCUGCGGGCUCCUGGCGCACCUAGCGGCGUUGGGCCUGACGGCUGUCCUGCUGCUGCUUUCCAGGCCUGGUACUAGUUUAUUUUCCUGGCACCCUGCAUUCAUGUCAAUAGCAUUCUGCCUUUGCCUGACUGAAGCCAUCCUGAUCUUCUCGCCAGAGGGCUUUCUCUUCUGCUCCUGCUCCCACAAAGUGAAAGUGCAACUGCACUGGACUGCCCAAACACUGGCCCUUGUGGCUGCAACACUGGGCUUGGCCUUCAUUGUCUCCAGCAAGAACCGGAGUGAGCUUCCCCACUUUGUCUCCUGGCAUAGCAUUCUGGGUCUCCUGACGUUUCUGGCCACUUGUGGGCAGGUUUUGUUUGGAUUUUGCCUUCGCUUUCCACAGCUGCUGAGGAUCUCGUCAGUGGCUCGCCUCCAGCUUUACCAUGUGACAUAUGGACUAACAGUUUAUCUGCUAGCCACCUUUACUGUGGUACUGGGCCUUUACUCUGACUGGUUUCAAGCCCAAAUUAAAGGGGUGGCUUGGUAUUUCUGCCUGGUGUUGCCUUUCUGUCCAGCUUUGGUUAUCAUGAACCAGAUUACUAGAACUCGUUUGCCAAAGAAGAGACAAUAUGUUUGAGUUUGGGUCUCAUUGGAACCCUCAGGAGUAAAGAUCUCAUUCCCAUUUUUUCCCCUCUUUUUAGUAUUUAUUACAGCUGGGUUUGGCAUCCUGUCCACACCUGCUUCUUUUGCUCUCUGUUGAGUGUACUAUGACUUGAUUUGUCAAAAUAGUAUAUUUCCUUGUUUAGUUUUUUGAGUUCUAGCACAUGCUAAUACAUGUACUUCAACAUUCUGGAAAGACACCAAUUCAGUUUUUCAGCUCAUUGAUCAGGUUAACACAAGUGCUUAGCUGGGCCUCAUUCUUGAAUCUGUGGUGCUAUUCCUGAUACAGAAAACAGGAUCACCAGCUUGUUUUGCUGUGCGUCUCCAGUGGGGCUUGAAGACUUGUAAAAUAGUUCUAAAGAAGCAGUGGGGCUUUGAGCAAUGUUUUUUAGAUUCUGAAAUCUUACACACCCUUCAGUAGACCUGCAGAAUAUCUACAUCUGAACAAAAGACUAUAACUAGAUACGCUGUAUUCCAGAAUUGUUGGCAAUGUUCCUUCAGUGCUGUUUUCCUCGGAACUUGGAACUACUGAUGGAUAUUCCACUAAAAACAACACUGAACUUC